ACAAGAUGAAGUUGGAAUGAAGCAAAAUGUGUCUUGGGAAAUACUUCAAUAUAAUAGAUAUUGAUACAGUUUCUUACAUCAAAUCUGAAGAUUUCAUUCAUUAUUUAAAAUCUCAUCAUUCGACAGUUGACACUCUGAAACGGAUUAAGACAGCAAAUGUAGAAAAAAUCAUCAAAAACUACAUCAACAGAACCGCUUUAUUAUCAAAGGAUGGCAUUCAAUAUUUCACCGCAGAAGCAGUAACAAAGUAUAUAUUUUCACAUUCAGAACAAUUGAGAUCUUGUCAGCAAAUAGUGGAUGAUAUUGUAACACAAAUCUCCAAGACAUCUCCGACAUCCUCACAUUUAUCAGAAAGAGAUCUAUACAAAAAACUUGCUUCAAAACUUUGGUUUUUUGAAGACAAUGUAUUAUUGAAGAACGUGGAAGUGAGACAGUCUGACACUCUACAGAUUCACUACAAGGACUUAUUCUCUGAUGAUGAGUGGAAGGCUGUGUGCAUCUUUGAAUACCAGUUUUCGAAAUAUGUAAACAUCAAAACAUAUAAUUAUGAGGAAUUGCUGAGAAAAAAAUGGGAAUUUCUAAAGUUAUGCAAUGACUGUUUCAGUAUAGGAGAAAGUCUGAUUGGAAAAAUUGAAAAGGAUAUUAAGCAAAACACCAAACGCACUGAAUUGGCUGAUCUGUACAAUUCUGUCUACAUCAGAGGCAAAUCGAAACAUCAUGCAUUAACAUUAGACAAGGGCAUUCUUGAGGAAAUAAAUAUUUAUUUUCCAAGAAGGAUCAAGGAAAUAAAAGUGUGCCCCACUGAUAUCACAGAAAUCCAAGUCAAUAUUGAAUUGAAUGGUGAGGAAUGUAGCAUUGAUGUAUCUAACUUUUGUAACAUCAUAGAGCAUUAUCUCACAAACCAACAUAAUAUACAAAGUGCUGAAUUGAACAUUUUUAAGGAAAAAACAUUUGAUAACUUCAAGUAUAGAGAGGAAACAAGCCGAUUUGAAGUGAGGGAUGCAGUUAUCCUUAAAAAGCUGAAGAAAAAUUUAUUGUUUACAACAGUUGUGAGGUCUGAAGUGACAGAUGAAGGCACAGAAGAUGACUGCAAUAUCUGCUUUCCUUCUCCAGAAUCUGAGGCCCUG